UUAUUGGGGUGGAGGAGACAGUUUUUGGAUCGGAAAUCGGCAAAAAUAAGGCUGAGUACGACAACCUGGCAUCGUUGCAUUGCGCCUCCUGCCCCUCGCCUGUCCGCCGCUCCUCUUCUCCCAGCCUGCCUCUCCUCGGACGGAACCACCACUCAUCAGCAUGCAGAACGACGCUGGAGAUUAUGUGGACCUGUACGUCCCAAGGAAGUGCUCUGCCUCCAACCGCAUCAUUCAUGCCAAGGACCAUGCCUCCAUCCAGAUCAACAUUGCUGAGGUGGAUGAGAGCACUGGCAGGAUGACUGGAACCUACAAGACUUAUGCUAUCUGUGGGGAUAUCAGGAAGAUGGGUGAAUCUGAUGAUUGUCUUGCUCGUCUGGCGAAGAAAGAUUCAAUCCUCCCCAAGAAUUACUAAAUAAAAAUGGUCUAGUAAA